AUGAAGACUCUCCAAAGCGCCCUUCUGGUCUUCGUGCUUAGCUUGUUUUUCGAUGAUGUAGAGGCAUUCUGGCGAAUGGUCUGUGGCACCAUCCAGAUGGGUAGAAUCGACCCCAUCAUCAACCCUGGUGCCAUCGCCGGGCACUGUCAUACUGUUGCUGGCCCCAACAACUUCAAUACCACUUCAACAUAUGAGAGCUACCAAGCAGCCUAUUGUACCUCUUGUAGCAUCCAGAAGGACAAGAGCGCCUACUGGACGCCACAGUUGUACUAUCGACACACUAACGGCAUGUUCGAAGAGGUGCCCCAUGAUGGAACUGUUGUUUACUAUCUCGACCGUGGCGUAGGUGCCGUCAACAUGACAGCCUUUCCCCCUGGAUAUCGUGUUCUCGCUGGAGAUCCCGCUCUUCGUGCCUACGACCCCAAUACCUUGACAUAUGGAAACAGACAAUAUGGUAGUGAGCCUGUCGCCAAUCGUGUCAGCUAUGCAUGCUUGGACAGCAGUGGACCUAUGCCUGAAACCCCAGGCUUCAACCGAAUGAAGUGCAGCUCUGGAUUACGAGCUCAAAUUCAAUUCCCAAGUUGCUGGGAUGGCGUCAAUCUCUACAAGUCUGACCAGAGCCACGUUGCCCAUUUAUCCGGCAUCGACAACGGCAUCUGCCCACCAACCCAUCCCAAGACAUUUCCUCACUUGUUCUUCGAGGUCAUUUACUCUGUCAACAGCAUCGAUCAAUCCGAUGGUGGCUAUUUCGUCUUCUCGAACGGCGACACCACGGGUUACGGCUUUCACGGCGACUUCCAGAACGGAUGGGAUGUGGACGUUCUAGACGCUGCCAUUAGCCAGUGCAUGGGAGCCAACGCCACCAACGGUGGCCAAAUCGGUCUCUGCCCACCACUGGCCGCUUCCGUUGACCCAUUCUUCAGCCGCAACUGUCCCGAGCAGGCACCUCUCGUGAACGAGACAACCAAGGGCAUGCUCAAGGUUCUCCCCGGCUGCAAUCCGCCCACGGGAGGCCCCUCGCGAGCUCAACAGAACAUCUGCCCCGUUCAACCGGCGCUCAACUACGUCGACAACCAAGAUUAUAAGACCCGCUCGAAACCUGUUCCAGGAGAUAGUGUCGCCAACUUCACCUACAAGGGAUGUGCCUUCGACACAGGCCAGCCUCGACCUUUGACCGGCAUGAGCUACUCCAAUCAAACCGGCAUGACUAUCGAUUCGUGCACGGCAUUCUGCCGCAAGAAUGGCUACGCAAUGGCCGGCUUGGAGUACGCGUCGCAGUGUUAUUGCGCGAGUGCCCUCAGUCGGGAGCUCCAAUCUCCAGCAGUCUGCUCGUCGCAGUCAGCCAUGAUUUGUACUGGUGACAGUUUCCAAUUCUGCGGUGGUCAAGGUUUGAUGCACAUCUGGCAGGAUGACCAGUACACAGGUCCUGUUCUGAAGGGUCUUCCGGUGGCCGACGUGUCAACUUUGUCACUUCCCGGUGGUGAGAAUGCGACCUACAGAGGCUGCUACAAAGAAGGCACCGGUGCUAGAGCUCUGACUGGUACAUCGUACUCGAACAAUACUGGCAUGUCAUUGGAGAAUUGCGCCGCCUUCUGUAAGCGCGGGAAUUUCGCACUUUUCGGUACCGAAUAUGGUAAUGAGUGCUACUGCGGCAACACCAUCACCACAGAGAAGGUCCUACAAGGCAACUGUUCCGUGAUCUGCAGCGGCGACAAGACAGAAUUCUGCGGUGGCGGCUCUCGCCUCUCAGUGUGGUCUCUCGGCUCAUACACGCCGUCGUCAUCCUCGUCCACGACCGGCACCGGCAGCAAUCCGACAGGCAGCCAGUCCUCCACGACCAGCACCUCCGCAACACCACUGCCCAGCGCCUCCGGCGUCGCCUACCUGGACUGCUACAGCGAAACCACAGGCGGACGAGCGCUCUCGAGCCUCUUCACGACCUCGGGCCAAAUGACCGUGGACCUCUGCGCACAGAGAGCCCAAGCCCUCAACCUGCCCUUCUUCGGCCUGGAAUUCGCCUCGCAAUGCCUCGCGGGUAGCGUCAUCAACGCGGCCAGCUCGAUCCUGCAGUCCACGAAAUGCAACAUGCCCUGUUCCGGCAACACGCAGCAGACCUGUGGCGGGCCCAACGCCAUCUCCAUGUACAACAACACGUUGUACGUGAAGCCGCGCAACCCGGACCCGGUCAACGUGCCCAACCAAGCGGGCGUGCAGUACGGCUACUACGGGUGCUACGCGGAGCCCGGGACGGCGCGCGCCCUGGGCAGCACGAGCAACAUGGGCAGUUUCGCCACCGAGUCGUCCUCGCUCACCGUCGAGGCCUGCGCCGCCUUGUGCUUCGCAAAGGGCUACAACUGGAUGGGCGUCGAGAACGGCAACCAGUGCUUCUGCAACGGCGCGGGCAUCGUCAACGGCGCCAUCAACCUCACCGACGCCGACUGCUCGACCACGUGUGUCGGCGACCCCAAGGAGAACUGCGGCGGCACCGCCAAGCUGAACGUCUACCAGUUGAAGAGUGGAAAUUCGCGCUUUGGCAAGACCACCCCCUCGAAGAAGCCGGCGUCGACCAAGCCGCCGCCCUCGUCCUCGAAGCCGAAGCGCACUCCCGCCCCGACGACUUUUGUUACCAGCGGUAAGCGGCCCACGAGGAGGUAUCGUACGUGGUGA